AUGCAGUCUAAUCCUACAAAUCUCAAAGAGUUUUCAUCUUAUCUUCGCUCCUCCUCUCUCCAUCUGGAUAUCCUUUGCUUGCAAGAGGUAUCUCAUUUCCGCUCUCAAUCUACUCUCACUGAAUCUCAAGUCCGUUCCUUUUCUUUUGCUUUUCCUAAUUGUUCUCUCGUUGUGUCCAAGCACUGUGCUAUUAUAUGUCUCAAUUCUCGUUAUUCUUUGGUGGAUACGGAGGUAUUGUUGGAUGAACGUUGUCUUGUUGCAUCUGUCGUAGAUGCCUCAAGCAAUGUUUUGUGCAAAGUGGCCAACGUCUAUGGUCCAGCGCAGUCUUCUGACCGUCCUUCAUUUAUCUCUGAUUUUCUCUCUCUUUCUGUUUGGUCUGAUGUGUUCAACACACCUUGGAUGGUUAUGGGUGAUUUCAACAUUCACUUGCACUCUUUGUCUACUUCUCGUCAAGCCGAUGUCGCUCCUUUUGUUCACUGGUUGCGUACUCACUUUGUCAAUUGUCAUCCGGAUGGUUUAGCCACGUUUCCAAAGAGCAAUACUUGUAUUGAUUACAUCUUUGGUCACUCUUCUCUUGCUCCUCGUUUGACUAAUAGUCAGUUACUAUAUAUGCCUAGUAGGUGGACGGAUCACUCUCUUUUGACUGUUGAAAUGUUACCUGCGACAGCUAGUAUUGGUCCUGGUAGUUGGCGGUUCAAUCCAACUCUGCUUGAUGAUAAGGAAUUUGUUGCGUUGUUGAAUGCCACGGUGUCAUUGUUCUUCUCUGGUGCUGUUGGUGGUGGGUCUAAGGGUGUCAAUACUAGUCAAGGUAGUAGUGGUGACUCUGAAAGCACGGUGGCUAGAUGGGAAUCCUUCAAGUUGUUACUAAAGUGCUGUGCACAAAAGUACACUAGAAGCAUGAAAGCACGAUUCAAGAACAAAGUUUUUACGCUUCAACUGGAACGUAUUAGGGCUUUGUCGACGUCUGUAUCGGGUGUUGAGACUAGGAAUGCUAUUGGUCAAACUGAUAGAGUGUCUACUGCUUCAGGUGAUGCUGAACAGCAGGUCAGGCAACUAGAAGUUUUGAUUGAGGAUCAGAUACAGAAAGAGACUAGUCAGAAUAUGCUUCGCUCUGCCACUCGUUGGUUAGAACAGGGAGAACGUAGCAACAAGUAUUUCUAUCGUUCGAUCAAGGUGCGAGAGUCUCAAACAGACAAUUCAAUCCUUAAAGUGCUCUACUACUGGGGAUAUCUUGGUGGAAGCAGCAGCUAUCAACAGGGAGGCACAAGGUUUUUAUCAAAAGGCUAUAUACCCCUGAUGCUGUCGAUGCUGAAGCUAUCGAUACUCUCCUGGGGAAUGUUCCAACUGAUUCCUGGUCUUGACGGUUUGCCUUUUGAAUUGUAUCAAUAUCUUGCUGGUGUUUCUACUGAUUUUCUUGACUUGCUUGUGGAUGUGUUGGGUGCAGCUUUUUCUGGUGUGUUUCCUCCUUCGUGGCAACAAACUCGUAUGGUCUUAUUGUUCAAGAAGGGUGACCCUCAGUUGUUGGUUAACUGGAGACCUUUGUCCUUAAUUAACAGUGAUGCCAAGUUAUUUACAAAGCUCAUUGCUAAUCGUAUGAACAAAGUGUUGCCAAAGUUAAUCAACCCUUAUCAAACUGGUUUUCUCCCUCAUCGUCUGAUCUCUGACAAUGGCUGGUUAAAUCAGUUGUUGAUGUCUCACUUGCGUGUUGUUGCUCCUGAUUUACCUCAAGUGGCUGUUUUGUUGGAUCAAGAGAAGGCGUAUGAUCGGGUUCAUCCUGAAUAUCUUUGUCGUGUGUUGCUCCGAUUUCAGUGUCUAUCAAUGGUUGGCUUGGUGCCUCCUGUACCUCAAUUGCGAGGUCUUCGUCAAGGUGAUCCUCUGUCUCCAUUGCUAUUCAAUCUGGCAUUUGAGCCUUUGCUUCGUUCUCUCCUUGCUUGUCCUGGUCUUUCUGGUGUUACUCUGUCUCCUGUUAAUAUCCCACGUAAAUGGAAGCCUUCACCGGUUGAAGUUCGUGUGGAUCAUGGUACUGGUUCCCGGAAUUGGACUUUGGACUUUGUCAGUGGCUCUGUUGCUCCUCCUCCUGUCAAGAUUCUAAGCUAUGCGGAUGAUCUUGAGGUGUUUUUGUCUUCGCCAGAAGAGUGUGUUGGUGUCGUUGUCUGUGUGUCACACUCUGCUUGGGUUGCUUUGGCUGAUUCUACUGGUCUCCAGUGGCAUGACGCUCACUCUCGUGGUGCAGUACGUUACUUGGGUUAUCCCUUGUAUCAUACUGAAAGUCAACUUCAAGACUAUCUUGAUGGUGUCUUGGUGAAGGUCCAGCGACACAGUAACUUGUUGAAACAAAGGAAUCUCUCCAUUAGGGGAGCAGGACUAGUGGCUAACUCGUUACUGUUGUCAAAGGUAUAUCAUUUGUUGCGUGUUGUUCCUGGUGGUGCUACUACUGCGUCGUGGUUGAAGUCUCUCACUACGGUGGUCCGUGAGUAUCUGGUGUCCUUUCGCCCUGGUGUUGCUUGGUCUACUUUUGUGUCUCCCCCGCAAGUUUGGUGGUGUUGGUCUCGUGGAUAUAGCAGAUCAAAGCUUAGCUUUGCAUCUUGUCUAUUUGCAACGUUUGUUGCGUCCACCCUCUCCCAGUGA